AUGAAGCCAUCCCUCUCUGUAUUCCCCAGCUUCCUCCUUGUGGCUCUGCUGUUUCCAGGACUAUCCGGAGCCAGAAAUGAGGACCUUCAAGGCACUGAGGGUCCCAGAGAACCCAGGGAAGAGUCUCCUGGACAAGGAACAAACGGGUCUCAUUUGCUACACCACCAAGAGAAACGCCACAUCUUACCGCGUACUCCCCCUUAUGAGGAACCGGAACCGGAUUUCAAAGUGGUCAACUGCAAGAAAAGUGAAGGCUACUGUCAAGAAUACUGUAAUUAUAUGGAGACACAAGUGGGUUACUGCUUUAAAAAGAAAUACGCCUGCUGUUUACAUCAGAACUGA